AUGAAUGAAUGGGCUGAGCUACGGGCGCAUGGAGCUCAACAUCAUGCUUUUGGCAAGAAGUAUGUGGAUGGCAACGCACAGAAUGAGACUAUCUCUUGGCAUAAUGCUGCUAGAAGAGACGAGCUCGUCCUUCAGGCAAAGAUGAUGGUAACUCGCUCUUUUCAUGCGGAAUCAGCACGUGUGCCACAAAUAUUGGAAGAACUUGACGAGAAAAAGCCUCUCAAAUGCACCAGGGCCGCCCAGGUUCUUCGCCCAAGCAAUGAAGAUAAUCAUGACAAAUUCAAAAAGAAAGAAGCAGAUACUUCUGGGCGAGAGUCCCAGGCUCCAAAAAGUCAACAAGUCGAGCCCGAAUCUACCUUGGCGUGGUUCUUCAAAGGAGUUGGAGAUGUGGUACUCCAGGUUGCGCGAGUCGCCUUAGAAGGUGGAAUUCAUUACAAUGUAAGCGGUGGCAGUGGGGGCUUUCAAACGAACGCUGGCAGUGGAACUAGACAGAAUUUGGAUCCUUUCUCGUCCAGGGAUACAGCCAUUGCCAAAGGGCACGAUGGAAGUUACAGCGCCCGACAAGGAUACUAUAACUCAUGGGGCCUGAAUAGAGGAUAUGGAGCUUUUACAGGUUCUCAAAGCCAGGGCGAAGCACUUCGAAAGGAAAUGAAUAAAAGAUGGGGCCGCUAG